GGUGUAGCUACCGAAAAAUUAGUGUGAAUACCAAUUUCCUUUGGGCAAAUAAAGACUGUCAAAAGCAACAAACAAACAAGGCCUUCUACAGUUAAUAUUUUCGCUAGGGAGAGAAGACCCUUUCUCUCUCUGUGCCUUCAAAAACCCUUGUCAGCGUUUUCUGCAAUCAACCUUGGAACAAGAUGGCGAACAGUAAUCUCCCUAGAAGAAUCAUCAAGGAAACUCAGCGGCUUCUCAGUGAACCAGCACCGGGGAUUAGUGCUUCACCCUCUGAAGACAAUAUGCGAUAUUUCAAUGUGAUGAUUCUUGGCCCAACACAAUCACCAUAUGAAGGAGGAGUUUUCAAGCUGGAAUUAUUCUUGCCUGAAGAAUACCCAAUGGCAGCUCCAAAGGUUCGAUUUCUUACAAAAAUAUACCAUCCUAACAUUGACAAGCUUGGGAGGAUAUGCCUUGAUAUUCUGAAAGACAAAUGGAGUCCUGCUCUCCAGAUUCGAACUGUACUUUUGAGCAUCCAAGCACUUCUUAGUGCUCCAAAUCCUGAUGAUCCGCUUUCCGAAAAUAUUGCUAAGCAUUGGAAGUCAAAUGAGGCUGAAGCGGUUGAAACAGCUAAGGAAUGGACUCAAUUGUACGCAACUGGUGCCUGAUGCGAUAAUUGGAAACUUGCAUGCAAAUAACAUUUACUGCAAUGUAUGUGAUUGACUGUUGAUUUUGGACAGAGAAUUGGAAGAAUUGAUCUCUUUCCACAUGAUUAUUGUUUAUUAUUCUCAAAAAGAAAGCUUCCAGGUACUACUACUACUACUACCUGAUAAAUGUUUUUUUCUUUUGGAGGCCUCGUCUUUGACAUGUAUGAUAACUACAUAGUUCAUCGUUGACCCCUUACUCAAAUGCAGAACUUGCAGAGUAAUCCCAGUCAUGUAGAACUUUGAGUUAUGUUUAUCAUUAGACAUUGUGAAUUUAAAACCCUGAAUGUGGAUAUUAUAUAUGUGGAUAUACUUGUUUA